AUGGCAUCCUUAAUACAAACCUUACCAAAACUCAGUAAAGAUGAGCAAGAGCAAGAAGAAAGUUUCUCAUUUGCUAUGCAACUCGCAUUGGGGUCGGUGCUACCCAUGGCCAUGCAAGCAGCAAUUGAGCUGGAAAUUUUUGAGAUCAUAGCCAAAGCAGGUCCAGAUGCCAAACUCUCUGGUUUUGAUAUUUCAAAACAGAUGCCUACCUCAAACCCGGCUGCACCGGGAAUGCUUGACAGGAUCCUAAGGCUUCUAGCUAGCCACGGUGUGCUUGGUUGUUCGUUGGACUUGGGUGCUCAAGGGAUCCACCAGAGACUCUUCUCUUUGACUCCUGCCUCCAGACACUUUGUGCGCAACGAAAAUGAAGAUGCAGUUUCAUUGGGCCCCUUGAUGAUCAUGACCCAAAACAAGGUCUAUCUGGAGAGCUGGUCGGCACUGAAAGAAGCAGUUCUUGAAGGAGGAAUUCCAUUCAAUAAGGUUCAUGGAAUGCAUGUUUUUGAAUAUUCUCAAGUGGACUCCAAUUUCAGUAAACUUUUCAACACAGGAAUGAUUAAUCACACAACAAUAGUUAUCAAGAAACUCUUGGAGACCUAUAAGGGCCUUGAGGGCAUCAAACAGCUGGUUGAUGUUGGUGGUGGCCUAGGAGUCACCCUUGACCUUAUUACUUCCAAAUAUCCUAAUAUUAAGGGUAUUAAUUUUGAUUUGCCUCGCGUCAUACAGAAUGCUCCUCCCUUCCCUGGAGUUGAACAUGUAGAGGGUGACAUGUUUCAAUGUGUUCCCCAAGGAGAUGCCAUUUUUAUGAAGUGGAUACUUCAUAAUUGGAGUGAUGAGCAUUGCUUGAAGUUGUUAAAGAACUGCUACAAAUCUAUUCCAAGUGAUGGAAAAGUAAUUGUUAUGGAUGCAGUCCUUACAGUAAUGCCAGAGAAUAGUGCAGCUGCAAGGGACACUGCCCAUAUGGAUGUGUUUAUGUUAACUCAAAACCAUGGAGGAAAGGAGAGAACCCAACAAGAAUUCGUAGCCUUGGCAAUUGGUGCUGGAUUUAGUGGUGUCAGAUUUGAAUGUUGCAUUUACAACUUUUGGGUUAUGGAGUUCUUCAAGUAA